GCCUCAACUCUCCCCGAUCUCCAUCUUUCUAUCUCCCAUCUGCUCAUCUGCCGCUUGUAACGGCAUACAACAUACCUCACCUCACCCUCCCUUUACUUUGCGACUUCGCCCACACUCCCUCCGUUUCUCAUCAUGCUCGUCCCUUACCCCGACACGCUUGACAUCAAGAAACAGAGCGUCCCGGUACCGGGCACCGAGACCAGCGCUACCAGCGCUGCUUGGGUCAACGGUACUUGGGACUCGUCUGUCCUUCGCUACGAUGACCAGGGUCUACCCCACCCUCGCACGCUCGCUGAACUUUUUGACCGAACUGUCGAGAAGUCGCCAGACACGGCCAUGUUCCGCCGGCGUCUGCAAGCUCCUGCGACCAAGCCGGGCGAGAAGCCGACAUGGACCAAUAAGACCGUGGACAUGAGCUACGGAGAGGUCCAGCGCCGUCGCAAUGCCGUCGGCUCGGCUCUCCUGACGCUCGAGCGCCUCGGCCGCCUUCGCGACCCCAAUCUUCCUGCCGAUGUCCAGUCGCCCCCUGAGAUCUGCACUCCUGGCCUUCCCAAGUGGGGCGACAAGCUCAAGAACGGCGCUCGCCGCGGCUGGGCCGUGGGCAUUUGGAGCCAGAAUCGUGAGGAGUGGCAAAUCAUUGACUUCGCGUGUCACGCAUACGGCCUGGUGUCGGCGUCGCUGUACGAGACUCUUGGCCCCGACACUGCCGAGUACAUCACCAACCACUGCCCCCUCCCUAUCAUCUUUUCCUCUUCGCACCACCUUGUUCAGCUGCUUCGCAUGGCGCCCCGUUGCCCCUCGCUACGCGUCAUUGUGACCAUGGAUCCCAUCACCGCUGCCGAGCGCGAUGUUCUAAGCCAGUGGGCCGCGUCUCUCGGCAUCCUCCUCCUUGACCAGCUCGAGAUGGAGGAGUGGGGAGCCCAGCCUGACAACUUUGUUGCUCCUACAGUCGCGGAUGACGAGCAGGACAUUGACCAGAACCGCAUUGUCACAAUCUCCUACACAUCCGGAACCACCGGUAAUCCCAAGGGUGUCAUCCUCUCCAACUGGAACAUGACCUCAGCCGUUAUCUCAAACUCGUAUGGCGUAGGCGAAUACUUUGACAAGCCCGGGUUCAAGUUCUUCUCGUACUUGCCGCUUUCUCACGUUUACGAACGCUUCCUCCAGAUUUUGGUGGUUGGGGGCGCUGGUACCAUCUGCCUGUCGACCGGCGACACCACCAAGUUGCUCGAGGAUGCGCAGAUCAUGAAGCCCAACUUCUUCCCAGGCGUGCCCCGCGUCUGGAACCGCGUCUACUCUGCCAUCAAGAUGCAGAUGGACGCCCCAGGUCUCAAGGGUGCGCUUCUCCGCCGCGCUGUUGCAACAAAGCUCGCCAACAGCCGUACAAACGGAUCGGUCCACCACCGCGUCUAUGACGCACUCGUUUUCCGCAAAAUCCGUGCCCUUGUCGGCGGCGAAGUGCAGUACAUGUCGUCCGGCGCCGCACCUCUUUCGGCAGCCGUGCACGAACUCCUGCGGAUCUGCUUCUGCUGUGAUGUUAUUCAGGGCUACGGCCUGACGGAGACUGUCGGCACAACCUCGAAGGGUAUUCCUGAGGACAUGCAGCACAUCGGCACCGUGGGCCAGAUCCAGCCGUGCAACGAGGUUCGUCUUUUCGAUGUCCCCGAAAUGGGCUACACCCAUCAGGACAAGCCCAAUCCGCGCGGCGAAGUGUGCAUCCGCGGCUCCAACGUCUUCACUGGCUACCUGCAUGACAAGGAGAACACGGACAAGGCCCUUAAGGAUGGCUGGUUCCACACCGGCGACAUUGGCGAGAUCGACCAGUACGGCCGCCUCAAGAUUGUGGAUCGUGUCAAGAACGUUGUCAAACUCAGCCAGGGCGAGUAUGUUGCGCUCGAGAAGAUUGAGGGCGUAUACGCCCUCAACCCGCUCUACGCUACACUGCUUGUGCACGCCGACUCUCUCCGCUCGAGCCUUGUCGCUGUCGGAGUUCUUGAGCCCACGCUAGCGUCGAAUCUUGUCGCCCAGGUGCUCGGUAAGAAGAUCGCGCCCACCGAUGAGGCUGCCCUUGAAGAGGCUGUCAAGGACCCCAAGGUUCGCGCGCAUCUCAUUAAGCAGUUCGAGCAGGUCGCCAAGAAGAACAAGCUCAACGGUUUCGAGAUGAUCCGUGGUAUCUACCCCACGCUUAAGCCCUUCCAUGACGACCUCAUGACUCCGACGCAGAAGGUCAAGCGCAACGUUGCCGCGAAGUACUUCGGCGAUGCCAUUGACGCCCUCUAUAAUGAGAUUGAGGGUGCCGCCCACAAGCUGUAAAGUAGAAACUUGUAUAUGUGGCUUGUGCAUGGCUUGUGCAGGACCUGAGGUGUUGACGUUAGAAGUUACAUGCCAGAUCACUCAACGCGGCACAGGCUCAAGAGUUCCCGAUAUACUACUUCCUGACAAAGUGAUUUCCGGUGAGAGUGACAUGCAUCUUCUUAUAGUCC